AAUACCGCCCCCUCCCCACCACCACCCCCCUCCGCCCUCUCACGCGCGUCGCCGCCCUCGCCGUUCCGUUUCUUCCUCGCCGGCGUCUCCGCCCGUCCCCUUCUUUGGCCACCAGGUCUCCUCUGAGGUUGCAAAUGGCGACUGAAGCUGCUUCUCAUGUUUCUGGCGGUUCUGAGUCAACAGCAAUGCCGUUGCUAGAGCAGCUUGCUGAAGUAUUUGGCAAGCUGAAAUCCCACACAGAAGCAUCCCUACAAUUGCAAAGUGGCAUUCAGUGGGAAGAUGUCAAAGUACAUUUCGUGAACCUUGAGAAGUCAUACAAGAGCAAGUGUGAUGAACUGGAACAAAAGCAGAAGGCAUUAGAAGAGAAGAAAGCUGAAGAUUUUAGGUUGAUUGCUGAGAAAGAGGCUAAUCUUUCUGCAAAAGAGCGUGCUUCGAUUAACAAGCUUCAGGAGCUGAGGGAUGCUGCCGUCUCUGCCCUAGCGGAGGUGCGCCAAAAAUAUAAUGUCGAGCUUGCUGAGAUACUUGAUGCCAAGGGAAGCAAAGACAAAAAGGUAAGAACCUCAACCAAUGACACCAAUGCAUCUCGUGCUUCAGAGGAGCAAACCUCUUCUGCUAAUGCGCUGGCCAAGCCAUCUGAACCUUCACCAGUUGAGGUUAAGCCGCGCCCUGCACUGAAGCAACUCUGUGAGCAGAUGGAUAUAAAAGGCCUUCUGAAACAUCUUUCCGAAAAUUGGAAAAAACUUUCUGGCCUUCGCGAUGAGCUGUCUGUCGCACUGAAAUGUGCAGCUGACCCUGCACGCUUCGUACUUGAUUCGUUGGAGGGUUUCUUCCCAGACCAACUGCCUGGGGAUAAACAUCACUCCAUUCAGGGACAGCGCAGAAGCUGUAUUGUUUUGAUGGAGGCUAUAGCACAUUCACUAGGAAUGAAGGAGACGGGUGGCAACCACCCUUGGAGCUCUGAAAUUAUUGAGCAAGCCAAGGCAAUUGCCGAAGAGUGGAAGAUUAAGAUAGCUGAGGUUGACCUUGAUGCUUCUGAUGGCUACUCAUUGGAAGCACAGGCAUUCCUACAGCUUCUUACAACUUUUAAUGUUGAUUUGGCGAUUGACAAAGAUGUAUUAUGCAAGAUCGUAGUUGCCGUCUCUCGUCGCAAGCAGACUGCUGAGCUUUGUCGCUCUCUUGGUCUGAUUGAGAGAAUGCCAGGUAUUAUUGAAGAGUUGGUUAAGAAACACAGGCAAAUUGAUGCAGUUCAAUUCAUACAAGCUUUUGGGCUUUCAGAGAGUUUUCCUCCUGCCCCUCUCUUAAAGGCAUAUGUGGAUGAGCUAAAAGACUCGCUUAAAAAUAAUAAGGAUGCCAAUGUGACUCCUUCAGCGGAUGACCUGAAGACUCGUGAGCUACUUGCACUGAGGGCCAUCAUCAAGUGCGUCGAAGAGUACAAGCUCCAGAAGGACUGCCCACUAGGACCCCUCCAAAAGCGCAUCUCUGAGCUAAAAUCAAAGGGCGAGAAGAGGCCUGCGGCCGAUUCUGGCCGCAGUUACGUGAAGAAGCCCCGGGUCUCCGGCAUCUCAGCCCCUCGGCGACCUCCCAGCUCUGCUGGUUCAGGCCCCCGCAGGCCCGCCGUUCCAGUUGCCACAUGGCAGCAGCGCGCCCCUCCGCCGCAGGUGCCCGCCUACCCCGACAGGUAUGGGGUCGCGGCCGACCGUUACGUUCACUAUGCCGCUGCGGCGCCACCCGCGCCCACGGCGUACGACGCGGCUGCCCACUAUGCUGCCUACGGCGGCGGCGAGCAGUACGGAGCCCCGAAGCCGUACCAGUACAACCCAGGAUCGAUAGCCGCCGCUGCUGCCGCUUCGUACAAUGCAGGCCAGUAUAAGGUUGCGUACGGCGGCCCUGGCGCCUUGCCGAGUGCUGCGGGUGGCUACGCGGCUUAUGGCGGCGCCGCGGGGCAGCAGCCUGGUUCUUCAAGCAGCUACCUGGGCUACGGUGGGGCUGGCUAUCGCCCUUCGCAGUAAAACGGUAGAUUGUAACCUGCAUUCCGCGCUUGCUCUGCUGAUGGCAGCAAGUACUUGGCUUCCAGCCACCCUGAAACCCCAGUGGGCUGUUGCUGAACAUCCCAUAGCUAGUGGAUUUCGCAGCUGUAACUUGCUUAUUUUUCAUGUCCUGUCAGCCAAUGUGUGAGGCGACACUAGUCAUUGUUCUGAUAAACAAGUUUUUUUUUUUUUGUAUUGCUGCAUGUAUCUAGCUAGCUGCCACCGUUCUUGCGCCUGUCUGUCCUCAGGCUGCCCACACAUGUGUUUUCCUUUCGAAAUGAAUAAUUUGUUUGAUGCUUGCGGCAAAAUAAGGUCUCAGUUUGCAA